AUGAGGGAGCAGCGCCGAGGGACGGAAGAGGAAAAGCCGGCUGCGGACAGCCGAGGGCCGGUGACCGCGGGAAGAGGAAAACCCGCGGGCGGCCCCUCGCUGUCUUUCCGCGGCGCCGCGCCGGGGGCCGGGCGGGGCGGCCAUGAGGGCGGCCUGAGGGACGGCCCGGGCGAGCCCCGGCCAUGGGCGAGAGGCGGCGCGGGGAGAGCGGCGAGCCGGGCACGGGAUUUCCCCAGGAUCCCGAGGAGCAGAGUUCCCUGUCAGCACGGAUUCCAGUACAGCAAAGCCAUCCUGGUGGAAAACGAGCUUUUCCUGAGUGAGCUCCAAGCUUUUGCCCGAGCCAGGAGGAGCUGCAGGAGACCUUUGCAUUCCUGCUCUUUGACAAGGAGGAGGAGGCCCAGCAGGUGUGUCAGAGCGGGCUCCGUGUCAACAGCAGCAACAUCUCCACCCUGGGGGAUCCUGCCAAAGGGGUUUAUAUUUCCAAAUAUUCCGACUGCCUCCAUCCCAGCCCUUGGCACCACGGAAAAUCGGGAUUUAUUGUCAUCUGUAAACUCAUCAAGGGCAAGGUCGGAGCCAUCCCCGGGAGCUCCCCGUUCCCCUCGCCCGGCUACGACUGCCGCGUGUCCAGCGGGAGCAGCCAGUACUGCGUGGACGAGGCGAGCGGGGUGA